AAAUAACCAUAUCCCGCUUAAUCUCUUCCAUCUUCAUUCAUUCUCUCUCUCUCUCUCUCUCUAUACAAAUUAAAUCGAGAGAAGGUACCACCAAUUCCUCCCCAACACGCAGAGCAGAAGCAAGCACAAGGCACAUCAAAAUAUCUCUCUCUACUCUCUCUCUCUACUCUCUCUCUCUAGAAACCUUCGUUUCUUAAUUUCGUCGGAGGAGGAAGAAGCUCGCGCAGUGGUUCUACGCACAGACAUGGCCAAGCGAGGAAGCUUCUAGAAGCAGCGGCGACCCGCCACGCCGGCGAGGAGGAGGGAGAUCGACCGGAAGGAAUGAAGUGUAGGAAGCACCCCUUCGACCAGAGCAGCGCCGUCGGCGUCUGCGCCCCCUGCCUCCGGGAGCGCCUCGCCGCCCUCAUCGCCGCCCAGGCCGAGGCCGAGGCCGAGGCCCACGCCCCCGCCGCCGCCGAUCGCCGGAAGCCCGACCCGCAGCCGCCGCCGCCGCAGCACCUGGUGUUCCCCCGCUCCGUGUCGCCCUACAUCAGCCGCCGGAAGUCCGACGCCGUCGGCGGCCACGGCCACGGCCACGGCCAACCCCACCACCACCACCUCUUCUACAGGACUCCGCAAGUGGGCCCGGCCUACAAGUACAGCGACGCGGCGGGAGGGUUCGUCGCGAGCGAGAGCGAGCCGCGGGGGAAGAAGAAGAAGCGGGGCAAGUUCUCCCUGUUCGCCGGCCUGUUCGGCAAGUCCAGAUCGGAGAGGUUCGAUCCCGAAUCGGACGCCCGUCUCUAUUGCGAUUGGGACGCCAGCCUGUCCCGCCUCCACCGCGACUCCAGCCGCGCGACGCCGCCCUCGUCGUCGUGGCUCUCGUUCCUCAGCCGCCGCGGGAAGUGCCGGCCGCGGGGAUGCGCCGCCGCCGCCGAGGACAGCGUCUCCGCCUUCGAGUCCCGGCGGCCCCGCCCGGCGCGGGACCGCGGGAUGUCGCCGGAGCGAGGGGAGGAGUCCGACGACGAGGACCGAUCGCCGCCGCCGCCGCUCGGGAGCGGGUACGCGUCGGAGUCGUCCCACGGGCGGCCGCGGGGGACCACGCCGGUCCGGCCGCGGACGGGGGCGCACUCGAGGACCGUCUCCGGGCUGAGCUUCUGCCUGAGCCCCCUGGUGCGGCCGAGCCCCGCGCGGCAGUGGAGCCACCUGAAGUGCGGGUUCCAGCCGGACGCGCGCUACGCCGGCGACAUCAUCAGGGUCCUCCCGGGGCACCCGCACCUGUCGGCGGCGGCGUCGUACCGCGGCAACCGGUCCCGGAAGCUCGCGGACUUCGGGCGGGUCAACCCGAACAGCUAGGCACGCCGUCGGCCGCCGUUGACCCCCGACGGUGGGGGUGAUUUCCUGACCCCGAGUUUUUUACAGCGUUUUUUUUAACCUGCCCGGUUUUUUUUUUUACCUUUCAACACGACGCGCGAAGGAAGAAAAGCGAAUGGCAUUCUUGGGAAUUUGCUUUUUCCCUCGCAUGUACAGUAAAUUUCCUAGUUAUCGUUGUGUGAUGAUUUCCCAACCCCCCCCACCUUU